AUGGCCUCCGAGACCCCCGUCGAUACCACCAACCUCGGCGAGGUUUCUGCCGCGCAGAAGCUUCUCCAGAAGCACGCCGAGGCUCCUCAUCACGUCACCGUCGAAGAUGCGCAGGAUGAGGAUCUCCCCGUCAAGGUCUCCAACGAUGCCUCUGGUUCCUGGGCUGCACCUAUCAGCGCAAAGUCCGCUGGCAAGCAGCCGCAGGGUCCUAAGAGCUCUCUUGAUACUCAAUCGCACGAAUUAUUCCCUGAGCUCGGAGCUCCCAAGGGUAAAAGCGCCAACGUGGCGCCGAUCUGGGGAGCCAAGAACAACGCCAACGGUAAUUCCAACGGCGCUGCAGCCAAGGGCGGUUCCCGCUCCUCGACCCCCGCGUCGGGAACUGCAACUCCCCAAAACGCUAUGCCGUCCAUGUUCAUCCCCGGCCGCAAUGUCGAAUCGGUUACCCUUGAUCCCCAGUAUAUCAUGCCCCGUAACCAACUGAGGAGGCCCAUCCCCGACAUCAUCAAGGACAUCAACCGUAAAUCUCGUGCCAACAUUACCAUGGCCACCGCCUCCAACGGCCGCCUUAAGUUUGAUGCCACUGGUCCUCAAGACGUCGCUCAACAGGCACUCAAGGACCUGGUCUUCCAAAUUGGCACCAAGCAAAGCAUCACCGUCCAGAUCCCCCAGUCUACUCGAGCCCACAUCAUUGGUAAGGGUGGAUCUAUGAUCAAGGCUCUUCAGGAGAAGACUGGCGCCAAGAUUCAAUUGCCCAAGGUCGACGAGAACCAGCCCAUUGAUGACGACGACGAUGCCACCAUUGACGUCAUCGUUGAGGGCAAUGCUCUCUCUGCCGCCUCGGCCCGCAACGAGAUCCUGAAGAUUGCUGGUGAGCGAUCCGCCAACGUCCAGACCAAGGUCCGCGGCAUCCCCGCCGCCUUCUAUCCAUUCAUUGCCGGCCCUGGAAACGCCCUCGCCCAUGCUCUGGAGGAGGACCACGGCAUCCAGAUGCGAGUGCCUCCUCUGCAAGCUUACACGCCUGGCCCGUCCCCUGUUGCCGCCAGCGCUGGCCAGCGACCUGUGUUCGCCCCGGCGGGGCACGAGGAGAAUCACAUUCAACUUGCGGGUGACCGCGCUGCUGUGCAGAAGGUUCGCGCGGAAAUUGAGCGCCAGGUUGCUGAGCUUCACAAACAGCUCGAGGCUGAGCAGCUCUCUAUUCAGCGAGGACGACACCAGUUCAUUAUUGGUGACCGAGGUGUUCCCACUGAGGAAUUCUUCGCUGACACUGGCUGCGCCAUCAUUCUGCCCACCGAUGCGGAUGAUGACACCGUGACCGUCAUCGGCCCUGCCGAUCAGGUUCAGGCCGGUCUAGAGAAGGCCAUGGACCUCGCAAUGGGUAUGCAAAUGUCCAACCUUGACAUUGCCCGAUUCCACCGAAAUGCCCCUGGGGGUGCUGCUGCUCACGCUGGCUAUGUCACUCGAUACCUCCGUCAGCGCAAGGAGAUUGAGCGUCUGGAGAAGCUGUACAACACUCACAUCAACACCCCCUUUUCCCAGGAUGGUGCUUUGCCGUGGGAGCUCUAUUCUCGUGAAGGAAAGAACGCCAUUCGUGCCCAGUCCGAGAUUACUGGCAUCAUCAAUGGUCAACCCCCUUCACGCAUGAGUGCAGUGCCUAUUGAUUCCUUCUUCCAUCAGCAUAUCCGAAACGACAUCACGCCGAAGAUCAAAAAGGAAUACGGUGUUCAUGUUGUUGUCCCCGAUGCGUCGGAGCCUGGUGCCCCCGUUUUGCUUGUGUUUGAAGGUCCUGAGCCUGCUGAAGGUCCCUACCAGCUGCCCCGCAACAAGCCCACGGACGCCGAUGUCCGCACUUUCCAGCAGGGUCUCCGGGAAGCCCAGAAGCAUAUCCUCGAUCUCAUCAACAAGCAGGAGCAGAUUGCUACUGAUUCCCUCGACGUCCCUCUAAAGUUCCACGAGAGGCUUCGGCGAUUCAUCAAGAAGGAGCAGGAGAGCCGCUCAUCUGAUCAGAUCCCUGUUAGAGUCACAAAGGUUGGCACUACGAUUACUCUUCGAGGCCCCGCAUCGGCCGUUGAGGCACUUUCCGCGAAGGCCAAUGCCUUUGUGGAGCAGGAGAAGGAGGACGAGAAGGAGCGUGGUUUCACCUUGAGCUUCGACUUCCCUCAGAAGUAUGCCAACCACCUUAUUGGCAAGGGUGGUAGUAACAUCCGUGAGCUCCGUGAUCGAUUCGAUGUCGAGAUCCAGGUUCAGGAUGGGAAGGUUGAGCUCAAGGGUCCCAAGGCCAAGGCCGAGACUUGCCGCUCGCAUAUCCAGGGCCUUGCUCGCACACUGGCUGAUGAGACCACCCACAUCAUGAAGAUUGAUCCUAAGUACCACCGCGAGCUUAUUGGCUCCCAGGGCAGCCAGAUCAACCGUCUGCAGACCCGCUACAAGGUCCUGAUCUUCUUCCCCCGAUCUGCCAAGAACGUUGCGGAUGAUCAGUCCAACGCGGACGCUGCUAGCGAGACUGGAAAGCCCCGCCGACAGCAGCCUGCUAACGAGGUCAUCAUCCGAGGUCCCAAGAAGGGUGCGGAUGAGGCUCGUGACGAGCUUUUCUCUCUGCACAAAUAUCUUGAGGAGCAUUCUGCCACUGCCACUGUUGCUGUACAGCAGAAGCAAGUUGGAUCUCUGAUUGGUCAAGCCGGUGCCGCUCUUGACGAGCUCAGACAGGCCAGUGGUGCCAAGAUUGACGUACCUGCUGACCGGGACACGGAUAUUGUGGAAAUCCAGAUCAAGGGCACGGCUGCUCAGGUUGCUAAGGCGAAGAAGAUUUUGGAGGAGAAGCGCGCUGUCUUUGACGAUACCGUGGUUCGCACCUUGGAUAUCGAGAAGAAGUAUCACAAGGCUCUGAUCGGAGCGAGCGGUGCUAACCUUCGAGACAUUGUUGUCAAGGCCGGUGGAUCUGAUGAUCGACGCGAGCUUGCCCGUACCAUCCAGUUCCCCAAGCAGGAGGCCGAUGGAAACACCAUCAAGAUCGAGGGCCGUAGCGACGUUGUUCAGAAGAUUAUUGAGCGCAUUCAGGAGAUUGUCGCCGAGCGCGAGAACCAGGUCACUGAGAUCGUGGAGGUCCCCAUUGACAACCACCGCUCGCUUAUCGGUCGUGGCGGUGAUGUCAAGCGACAGCUCGAGUCCAAGUUGACCGUCUCCAUUGACGUCCCCCGUCAGGGCGAUGGCAAGACUGGCGUCAAGGUGACUGGGCGACCCGAGAACGUGGCGAAGGCUAAGGAGCACAUCCUGUCCUUGGUCAAGGCUCAGCAGGGCGAGACCAUUCAGGUUCCCCGCAACCUUCACCACUCCGUCUCCAACGGCGGUCAAUUCUUCCGCCAGCUUCGCAACAACCACCAGGUCACUGUUGACCAUGCCGGUCAGCCUCUCCCUCCCAAGCCUGACUCGACUACCCGCUCCAACGUGGGUGCCCUGCCCCUGAUCACGGACGAGGAGGAUUCCACCACGGAUGCCCACUCGUGGAAGGUUGUCCAGGUUUCCUCAGGCGAGGAUGGCGAGAUUCCUUGGGUCCUGCGAGGCACGCCUGAGAAUGUGACCAAGGCCAAGGAGGCUAUCGCCAAGGCACUUGACCAGGCCAAGAAGAACGAUGCCACUGGCUACCUUGUUCUUCCUGACCCCAGAACCUACCGCCAUGUGAUUGGCCCCAACGGCUCCAAGGUUAACCAGAUCCGCAAGCAGAGCAACUGCAAGAUCCAAGUGCCCCGAGACCAGGCCAAGGAUGAGGCCAUUGAGAUUAUCGGAACCGAAGAGGGUGUUGAGAUGGCCAAGGAUCUGAUCCUGGCUGCUGUUCAGGAGGGGAUUAACAAGUCCGGGGAGUAA